AUGAACUGUACUUUAUCAUUUGAAAGCGAUGCUGAGUUAGAAGAACACAUGCUAUCCGAUCUUCAUACAGUUCCGAAAUCAUUAACAUCAUUGGAUAAAGUUCGCAACUCGUUUGUUCAUAAGAUGAAAGUUACUUCACAACUAAAUAUGCCAAUUUCUUCAUCCUCUAACAGUGCUUCCGUAAAAGACAAACCACAUUGCAUGAACAUUUUUCUAUUGCAAGGUUGGGCAUUACCAGUUCGAAGUUCUUUUAGAUUUUCAAAUCAGCAGAAAGAACUGUUGUAUAAAUACUUUAUUCGUGGAGAAGAAUCAGGUAAUAAAAUGAGCCCUGAGCAGGUUCACAUGCAGCUGAGGAGAGAACUUCCGCCUGAUCAAUAUGUAACUAGCCAACAGAUAAGAUCUUUAUUUUCAAGAUUUAGUAACCUGAAAAGAUAAGGUAAGCUGGUAGAACCGACAACAGAAAAUAAUGAAAAUAGUCAGGU